AUGUUUUCAUUUGGUGCACCCACAAAUACGACAACGGCAGGCUCGACUUCAUUUGCAUUUGGUAGUAAUUUGACUACGACGGCUCCUACAGCUAUAGCCGCAUCAAAUCCAUUUACUUUUGGUUCUGGCAGCGCGACGAACACAGCAACAAGUGCACUAUUCGGGAGUAGUGCAGGAACAUUCGGAAUAGGUGCACCGCAAGUAGCAACAACAGCUGCUACAGGUGCAUCAUCAGGUUUAUUUUCAUUCAGUUCAACAGCUCCAACUGCUCAAACGUCUUCAUUUGCAUUUGGAGCAACUCCUACAGCUCCCACAACACAAUCUUCUGCAUUUUCAUUUGGAUCGACAACUACAGCUCCUGCUACACAAGCAUCUUCUUUUCCAUUUGGCUCAACAAAUGUAGCACCAUCGACGCAGCCAUCCACAUUCUCUUUUGGAGCACCUAAUUCAAGCUCUGCAACUCCAACUUCAACAUUUGGAUUUGGUUCAACGCCUACUGCUACUACCACUGGCAUGUCUGCUCCCAUUGCAACAAAUUCUUCGUUUGCAUUUGGUUCAGGUUCAUCUACAGGAACAUCAUUCGGUAAAAGUAACCCAGGGCCAAUUUCUUUUGGAUCAACACCCACAAUAGCAGCAACAGCUGCAACUUCAACAGGUUUCCCAUCAUCAACUCUUUUCACUUCAAACAAUCUAUCAACAACACCUUUUGCAUCAGCUACAACACCAACAACUACAGCUGCGCCAACAUCAUCUCUUUUUUCUUUUACGGGUGCUCCCACAACUACAACAAGUACAACUUCAUCUGGUUCACUUUUCUCAUUUUGUAGUCCUGCCGCUACUACUACUACUACUAGUACUGCUAUUGCUACUGCUCCUCCUACAUCAACAUUCGCAUUUUCAGCAGGACCAGUGCUCACACAGGCAUCGACUGCGGCACCUGCUUCAACUUCAACACUAUUUUCAUUUGCUACACCGUCAAUAGCAUCAUCAGCUACAAAAAUAACACCAUCUUUUACAUUACCCACUCAACCUACUGUUACAGCAACAACGUCGACAGUUACCCCUUCGGCGACUUCGCUGUUUUCAUUAUCAACACCUACAAAAACAACAGCUGCAAGUACAAGUUCUACCACGGUCACUCCUAGCAUUGCAUUUAUAACCCCUACAACAAAUAGUGCUGCAUCAAAUGCUACUUUAUCAUUUGGUAGCUCAAUAGCAACAACAACAUCAUCACCUAGUUCAGCCGGUUUUCUUCCCGUAUCAACAACAACAACAACGAAUUUAUCAUCAAGCAGUGCAAUUUCAAGUAUUCUUGCUCAACCAAUAACUACAACAGCAUUUCCAAUAGUUGCAAAUACACUCGCUAAUUCCACAUUUCCUAGUUCAUCAUCAAUAACAACAACUACAACAAGCGGAUUUCUAGUACCUACAAUAGCUAGCACGACGACAAGUAAUAGUGCAACUACAUUAUCAAGUUUACCAACAAUGACUACAGCAGCAACCACUGGUGCUGGUUUAGGUGGUUAUUUUGCUCCUCCAUCCACAAGUACAACAACGAGUACAUCAAUUGCCGGUACAAGUAGUUUAUAUACAACAGCAACACUCGGUACUUCAAGUAUCAUUCAAAAACCAAAAGAAUCAUCAGAACCAAUGGAUCAAUUAUUACCAUCACAAAUAAAUGAUCUUGUUGAAAAUUUCAAUGUAAUGUUAUCUGAAACCGAACAAUUAUUAACCGAUAUGGAACAUACAUCAACAAGCAAAUUUGUUAAUGUUCAUGAACAAAUUGUGCGUGUUCAACAGCAUGUUUUAGAUAUUCAAAGUGAUGUUCAAAGAGAUGAAACUACAUUUGCUCAAAAUAAUCAGGCAUAUCAACAAGAACUUUAUAAUGCUACCAUUUGCAAAUAUCUUCGUUCCCUACCAUUAGGUGCUGACAUUGAAGAUCGUGUUGUUGAUAAUUAUCUUAUGCAAAAAGUUGAAGAUAUUAAGAUCAAUUAUAAACAAUGUCAAGACGUUUUAGAUUGUGCUGAAAAACGUUUACAGACAAAUGGUUUAGGUGUAACUACUGAAGAUUUGGUUGCAACAGCAAAGAAUGUUUACACAGGCAUGAUAACAGCUGGUUCAAAAGCUAAUCAAACACAUAAAAUGGUGGAAGAUCUUAAAUAUCGUGUUCUUGGCCAUCAAAAUAAUUCUAAUGAUGCUUAA